CUGGGCGUGGCUACCGCAUGUUUGAAUAGUUUGUUGUGGAAAGCCACAAAACCAUCCCCUUACUUUGACGACUGAAUGAAAGCUGAGAAAACACAGGAGGUUACGCCAUCUGCACUAACUUUCGACAAACGUCACAAAGGCGGACGCCAUUUCGUAUUUUUUGGGUGAAUUGGGGAUAGGGUACGUGAAAAGUGAGCGGCAAAAGUAUCCUUUUCAUCGACUUCCGGGGUCUCGGUGGCAAGCAGUAGAGUUUUGAAUCUUCAAGUUCUCCUGGAAAACACCUUUAAAUGGCGUCGUCUUACCGAAAAUCAACUCCGGUUGCCGGUCAGAAGAAGAAACCCGCUUCUAAGAUUGAGCUCAGUGAAGAACAGAAGCAGGAAAUUAAAGAAGCUUUCGACCUUUUUGACGCUGACGGCACAGGCAAGAUUGACGUCAAAGAGCUAAAGGUUGCCAUGAGAGCUCUUGGCUUUGAACCCAAGAAGGAGGAAAUCAAGAAGAUGAUCGCAGACAUUGACAAGGAAGGUUCCGGAACAAUCGACUUCAGCGACUUUCUCAGCAUGAUGACUCUGAAAAUGACUGAAAAGGACUCCAAAGAAGAAAUCCUGAAGGCGUUCCGGCUGUUCGACGACGACUGCACGGGGAAGAUCUCCUUCAAGAACCUGAAGAGAGUCGCCAAGGAGCUGGGGGAGAACCUCACAGAUGAAGAGCUGCAGGAGAUGAUUGACGAGGCGGACCGAGACGGAGACGGCGAGGUCAACGAGCAGGAGUUUCUGCGGAUCAUGAAGAAAACCAACCUUUACUGAACUCAACAACGUCAUUUUAGUGUCUCAUUUUAUAAAUUUUUUCUUUUGUAAAUACAAACAUCUGUGACAUGUUUUUUGUCGAGGAAAAUAAAGUUUUGGAACUUCA